GGUUUUUCGCGAACUCGCGAGUCGGUUUCCAGUUUAAGUGAAUUGAUGAAGAGAGUGUGCGUCGUGGAUUAGCGGUCACCUGUAAUGAGGUGGAUUAUCAUGGCUUAGUUUGAAUUGUGUAAUUUCGAUUAUGGAAUUUAUUAUGCAAAUCCCGUGCAAUACUGUUGAAAGCGGUCUUUGAUCAACCGUAACAUGUGUAUGAAUUUGUUGGGCUUGCUAAUCGUUUACUCAUUACAUCAAGUUUAGUGAUAAUUGCCGUAUGAUUGAUUUGCUUUGAGGAUUGAAGUGGCAUUCCUGGAAUCCGCAGGAAAUGGAAAUUGCAUAACUCGGUGGUAGUGUGAUAAACUGCAACAACCGGAUGUUCAUGGCGAUUGCCACGAUUGUGUUUGACACCUUGUUAAACUAGUUUCGGAGCUUGUUUGUCCUGACCGUUGGUGGCCGGUUGCCAAGCCUCCUACACGCUCAUAGCCCGUGGCACCGUAUAGACGCGGCUGUUUGCCGGUUUUCUCGUCCGUUGCUGAGUACUGAUAAUUGAUUGGAGAGAAUGCCCCCAGUGCGAGUAGGGGUGGGCACCCUCUUGAUGCCGUGGGCAACAGUGUUGCCACGAGUUUUGCUCCCGUCACUGCUACUUGCCGGGACGAUGUCUCAAACGGUGCAAUCGGUCGCUGCUCCUUCGUCCAACGGUGGAUUAGUCGCAAACGCGGUGCUGGAAGAUCCCGAAUUCACAGACAUCAUCGAGAACAUCACAGUCCCCGCAGGACGAAAUGUAAAACUGGCAUGUUCUGUGAAAAAUUUGGGCUCCUAUAAGGUCGCCUGGAUGCACUUCGAGCAGUCGGCAAUCCUAACCGUGCACAACCACGUCAUAACCCGGAACCCACGGAUCAGCGUGACACACGACAAGCACGACAAACAUAAAACAUGGUUUCUACACAUCUCCAACGUGCAGGAAGAGGACAAGGGUCGUUACAUGUGCCAAAUCAAUACGGUUACGGCCAAGACCCAAUUCGGUUAUCUACACGUGGUUGUGCCACCCAACAUAGACGACUCCGUUUCAUCCAGUGAUGUCAUCAUCAGAGAAGGUGCCAACAUAACCCUUCGAUGCAAUGCCACCGGAAGUCCACCUCCCUCCAUCAAGUGGAAGCGCGACGGCCCAUUGAAGAUAACUGUUUCUAAAAACAUCUCAGUGAAUGACUGGGAAGGUGAGAUCCUAACGUUGGAACGGGUCACUCGUCACGACAUGGGAGCCUACUUGUGCAUCGCUUCCAAUGGGGUUCCACCAAGUGUGUCCAAAAGGAUCAAAGUCAGUGUCGAUUUUCCACCGAUACUGUGGACUUCGCAUCAACUGGUUGGCAUACCCUUGGGCUAUAACGUUACACUGGAAUGUAUUACGGAAGCACACCCUACCUCACUCAACUACUGGACGCGGGAGAAUGAUCAAAUGAUACACGAAUCCGUGAAAUACAAGACUGAAUCCAUUCCUGGAACACCGUCAUACAAAGCGGUAAUGCGAUUGCACAUCAGCGAGGUGCAACAAUCUGACUACGGUAUCUACAAGUGCAUAGCCAAGAAUCCACGUGGCGAAGCCGAUGGGACAAUCAGAUUAUACUCUUCGAGUCCGCCCACAACGAUACCGCCUUCGACAACCGAAGCCAUCACGACGACUGUGUCCUCGACGAGAGUAUUCGAGUUACCGUUCGGACCAACGACGGUCAGCUCAAUCAAUUCUUUCGAUAAAGGAAACAAAUACCAGUCUAUACUGAAUGACGUGGAUCGGUCCGAGCAGAAGUCCAGGGACAGCUCCAAGACCAAUCGGGAUCGAUCGCCUGCAAAUCGUCCGAAAAACAGUGGAUCAUCCCCCAGCAGUUGGCGAUGGCUGACCCUGGCUCUUCCGGUGGCGUUCCAACUAACGCACCUGGCUCGGUGGCAGUGACGGUGACUGCCGCACCUCCCUAAUGGUGGCUGUAACUUAUUGCCUGUUUUGUUAGAAGUGAGUCCGUGAAUUGCGCGCACUCCAUAUUUCGUUACUUGAAAUACUUGAGCCUCUAGGAUAAUUGGAAGCGAACACGUGGGAUGCGUUUUUCGAUGUUAUCGUUCUGUUUGGUACUCCGGCUUCAUGGUUUACAACGGGAAGCCUAAUAGUGUGUAAAGGUAGUUAUGUUACAAUUUGUACAUUAUUAAUCUCAGAAUCAAAAUUGAUGAAGAAGAAGCUAUACAUAUAGUCGAUGGUAGGUAAAGUUUUAUGAACUAGCAAUGAAAAUUAGAAGAAAAAAAAACGACACGGCAGGAUUGUUGUAAAAUUAUUAUCAGGAAGGAUGCCGAUCGUUGUAUGAGAUAUAUGAUACUUGAUAGUGUUAAUGCCUUACGUAAAAAUUAAGCCAAAAUAGACAGAGUAAGCAGAAGAUGCGAGAUACGGUUCAGCAUCGCCCAUAAACUGAACUGAUGCUGUAAGCUUUGAAACGAACAUUAAACCUGAAGUUGCCAAAAAGUAAAUUUAUGUCGUUUUAGCAGCCGUCUUCCACAUUCAAAAGGUCUAUGGCAGUGUUUCUCGGUCAGCUUGGUGACGCUAAAUUGCUAUGUUUUGUUUCGGAUAAUUUAGAUUUUUUUGUUGGAGAUAAAGAUGCUUUAGCAGAUGGUAUCUGACGUUUGUGUUUACUAUGUCAGGGCGAUUAUCCUAAAUUGUGUGUUCGACGGCAGCACCGGUUCUCCACCAUCCAUGAAUAACUCUUUAUUUGAUACUUGAUCAACUAGGGUAACUGUAUCUGUUUUGACUAUGUUCCUAAUUUGACCAGUUUCUCGCAUAACUCGAAAAAUAAAGCAAUUUUCGAGGGAGUUAUUAACUCCAACAGGAGAUAUAUUCCUUAUCCUUCAUUGCUGUUGAAAUUGUCGUUUUUGGCCGUCCCGA